AUGCCAACCAGAGCUCCUGCAGCCAGGAUCCUGCCCACCGCCCACAGACGAGGAUCCAAGUCUAAAGUCGUGGCCGCUCCUGCAGAAAAGAUCCCGGUCUACGAGCCCGACGUCGCCGAGCCCGUGUGCAGAGCCGAUCUUCUCAAACACUGGAUCAACCUAUCCUUGGAUGACAAGACAGCCAAUAAGACGCUGUGGAUCACGGAGGGCGGAGCCAAGGUGGCGCGCAUGACCGAUGACGUGACGUGCCCCGUUUUAGACAGACCGGAGAGAUACGAGCACACGCCACAGGUUCUUUGUAAGGAGGGCAUCCUGGGCUUCCGAGCCUACUGGGAGGUGGAGUAUUCGGGCUGGGUGGUGGUGGGAGCAGCCUACGAAGGAGCAGGCAGGAGGGGAAGCGACGGACCCUGCGGCCUGGGGGAGAACGAGGAGUCCUGGGGUCUCGGCUGGGGCGGCUCCCACUACCAGGCCUGGUUCAACGGUGUCAGCACCGAGAUCCGCCACGUUGCCCAUUGCUCCACCAUCGGCGUGUACCUGGACCAGCCCGCCGGCGUCAUGAACUUCUACGUUGUUGCUGAAGCGGAGGGGAAAGGAGAGGGGGGCGCAGGGAGGAAGGAGGCCCGACUCCUGCAGCAGGUUAAGAGCCCCUUCAAGCAGAAAAUGAUGCCGGGUUUCUGGGUAGGACAGAAGUCGUCCUGCUCGAUAGUUCAGAAGGAGGAGUAA